AUGGCUACAUCCGCUUCUUCCUCCGCACACGCAGCAGGCGCCAACCUCUUCGUUCGGGUGCCGCACGCCCACGGAGUGCGACGGCGGCGCGAGGAGUCGGCGGCCGUGGAGAUCGAGGAGUUGGACUCGUGCACCAUGCGCCAGAACUCGUACAACUACUUCCAGCACCACGGGGCGGGCGCUGCGCCCUCGCUGCUGCGUACGUCGACGUUCCGCUCGUCGCUGGGCCGCAGCCCGGCGUCUCGCAAGAGGCAGCGGACGCUGGUGGAGCAGCUGGACGAGCUGUGUCUGCAGGGCUCGCGCGGCCGCGUCCUGGACGAGUUCGGACAGGAGAAGCCGGCGUCGGUGGACGGCAGCGGCAGCGACAGCGACGGAAUGAUGGACACGGCGGGGGAACAGACAGGAAUGAAGGUCUAUGGAGACGUUGGGGGGCUGCGCAGCUUCUUCGCUGCAGGCGCGGGGGAGCACCACAGACCCAUGGACCGAAUGUACCGCCACUAUGGCAAUGAGUUGGUUUUGUUUCGACCCCCUGCUCCAGUCGCCUCGUCGUUCACGGAGAAUUUGCCCGCGUAUUUGUCGCUGACACCGCACGAGUUCGAGAAUCUGUCCAUGGCGGAGAAGCGCCAGUGGUACCAGGCUCACAGCCGCUACAUGCGCGAGCUGGACCAAGCUGCGGCGGAGCAGAAGAAUGAGCUUGAGAUCGAGACGCAGCUUGAAGCGAAGCCGACGGAUGUGACUGGAGGGUUCGAGGCUUCUCGACGUCGCAGCUCCAGUGCGAGCUCGAGUCGGUCGUACCAGGUGCUUGGAGUUCCAACGGAUGAAGACAACGACAGAUUUUUUGACGACUUUGGAGACGACGUGGAGAUGAUGGAGGAUAUUGAUGACGACGCGGCGCCCAAGCGCCCGCGUGCUGCAGGUGCUGUCACACACUCGGAGUGGUUUACGGAUGAUGAAUUGUGA